CCGGGGCUGCCGCCGGCGCGGAUCGCCCGCGGGUGCGGCGCGCAGUGUAAAUAAAGCCCUGCCUCUCGCCCCGCCGGCUGCUGCCGCCGCCGCGGAGUGCUUUUGCUCCGCGUUUUGCUGGCAGGAGCGUGUAACCCAGGCUGAUUGGAGUCCAGAUCCCGAGGAAAUCUCCAGAUCAAAUGCCCAGUAAAUAAAACCACUGAGCUAAGACUCGUGGAAGAGCUGCAGAAUGGAUGGAUUUUAUGACCAGCAAGUGCCUUACAUGGUCACCAAUAAUCCGCGUGGGAGAAACUGUAAUGAGAGACCGACAAAUGUCAGGAAAAGAAAAUUCAUUAACAGAGACCUGGCUCAUGAUUCAGAAGAACUCUUUCAAGAUCUGAGCCAAUUACAGGAGACAUGGCUUGCAGAAGCUCAGGUACCUGACAAUGAUGAGCAGUUUGUGCCAGACUAUCAGGCUGAAAGUUUGGCUUUUCAUGGUCUCCCUGUGAAAAUCAAGAAGGAACCCCAUAGCCCAUGUUCAGAACUUGGCUCCGCUUGCAGUCAAGAGCAACCAUUCAAGUUCAGUUAUGGGGAAAAGUGCCUGUACAAUGUCAGUGCCUAUGAUCAGAAACCACAAGUGGGAAUGAGGCCCUCCAACCCACCAACGCCAUCCAGCACUCCCGUGUCACCGCUGCACCAUGCCUCCCCAAACUCCGCUCAGACUCCUAAACCUGACCGGGUUUUCCCUACCCACCUCCCUCCAUCCCAGUCCAUUCAAGACAACAGCUUCCCUAUGGAUCACAGAUUUCGCCGCCAGCUCUCUGAACCUUGCAAUUCUUUCCCACCUUUGCCUGCAAUGCCAAGGGAAGGGCGUCCAAUAUAUCAGCGCCAGAUGUCUGAACCAAACAUCCCUUUCCUGCCUCAAGGUUUUAAGCAGGAGUACCACGAUCCAGUUUAUGAACACAACGCUAUGGUUGGCAGUGCAGCCAGUCAAAAUUUCCCCCCUCCUCUGAUGAUUAAACAGGAACCUAGGGAUUUUGCAUAUGAUUCAGAAGUGCCUAGCUGCCAUUCCAUUUACAUGAGGCAAGAAGGCUUCCUGGCUCACCCAAACAGAACAGAAGGCUGUAUGUAUGAAAAAGGACCUAGGCAGUUUUAUGAUGACACUUGCGUUGUUCCAGAGAAGUUUGAUGGUGAUGUCAAACAGGAGCCAGGCAUGUAUCGCGAAGGACCCACGUAUCAACGGCGAGGCUCGCUUCAGCUCUGGCAGUUCUUGGUAGCUCUUCUGGAUGACCCAUCAAACUCUCACUUCAUUGCAUGGACUGGCCGAGGCAUGGAGUUCAAGCUGAUUGAGCCAGAGGAGGUGGCACGUCGCUGGGGGAUUCAGAAAAACAGGCCAGCUAUGAACUAUGAUAAACUUAGCCGAUCACUUCGCUAUUAUUAUGAAAAGGGAAUCAUGCAAAAGGUGGCUGGAGAAAGAUACGUCUACAAGUUUGUUUGUGACCCUGAAGCGCUUUUCUCCAUGGCUUUUCCCGACAACCAGCGCCCCUUACUGAAGACUGACAUGGAGCGCCACAUCAAUGAGGAGGACACUGUGCCUCUGUCCCACUUUGAUGAGAGCAUGGUCUACAUGCAGGAUGGAGGCUGCUGCAACACCCACCCCUAUAACGAAGGCUAUGUCUAUUAACAACAGUGACACUGAAGGGGUGUUUCCCCCUCCCUUAAGCUUCUCCUCUUUCCCAAGACCCAGAGGAAAGCUGAAUCGACUUCAGUUUGUUUUUUAAAUAGUACACUAAAAGGGGCUUUUCCUGUUGCAUUACUCCUAUGGUCUGCCAUGGACAGCGCACUUUAUUUGAAAGGGGAGGGUUGGAACCUAAACGUUAUUCUGUGUAAAAGGAGGAAAAGGGUGGGUUUGCUUUUUACUUAAGUUUGGGAAGGGAACAUACAGGUUUUAAGUACAAAAAAAAGCUAUAUCAUGUCUGUUUUGUUUCAUAUCAGCAUAAGAUAUUGUACAUUUUCUCUGGGUAUCCGUAGUACAGUUAAUUCUCAUUGUGCAAAAUAACCACUUUUGAUGAUGAUAUCAGCACAGCAUGCCUAGGGCAUUUAUUUCUUGCCAUUCCUAAUUGUCUUUCUGCAGUAAUAAAAGAGAAGCAAAGCAUACACCACAGCAUUUAAUUUAGAAGUUUCCAGUGGCAGACCUUGUACCUUGCCUCUGUGAACAACUAGAUAGUUUUCCUAUUUCCUAAUUUUUUUCCUUUUAUUUUUCUUUCUUUUUCUAUUUCUUUUUUUUUUUCUUUUUUUUUUUUUUUUUUGGUGUAUGACUUUAAAAAAAUCCGAUUUAAUGACAGACUGGCCAUAAGUACAGUGACGAAGCAGUGAAAUCCCUGACUUUAGACUGCAAGCUGCAUGCUGUAUCUGGUGCCACAUUGUUAUACAUAUAUGGCCCAUGCUAUGGUGUUGAUUUUUCAAGAUCCAUUUGAUGGUAGUGAUUACAUGGAGUAGGCUUUCUGAUGAUCAUGUCAGCAUUAAAUACAGGAGCAUGAUCAGGAGGGAGAAAACAUUUUGUAUCCUUCCAUUUCCUUUGGUACAUAAAUAAGUUAUUUAAUCAAUAGGAAUUAACUGUACUAAGUCACAUAUCUAAUUAUGCUGUUUAGACACAGCAAGCACUCCUUGAGAAAAAUAUCCAAUACACUAAAUAGGUACUUUAGUAAUUUUUAGACACGGUACCCAUUAAUAUGCAUUUAAACCUUUUACUGCUGUGUUAUGUUGAUAACAUAUAUAAAUACUAGAUAAUGCUAAUGCUUCUGCUGCUGUCUUUUUCUGUAAUAUUCUCUUUGAUGCUGAAUUUACUAUGACCAUUUAUAAGCAAUGCUGUAGCUACAGGUAGCAUUUCAGGACAAAAUAGAUGACUUGAACCAUUUAUUGCUUAGAAAAUAGCUUACGCCAUAGCUGUGCUAUAAGCAGCUUUUAUGCGCAUCCACAAAUGACUAGUAAGCUUCAGCUUGCUAAGGAAAGCUCUGCAGAACCUUUUGUAAUUUUUGGUGGAACAGAGAUGAACUGUCAAAGAAUACCAUGAAGUUGCUGUAUGACGUUGUAGUGCUGGCACUGGUGUUACCAAUCAACUUGUUUUGGACACUAAAUGUAAAUGUAAUCGGAUAUGCUCGGAAGACAAUUUAAAUUUUGAGGGUUUUUUUGUUGUUUUGUUAUUUUUUCAAAUUGUUUCAUUUUUGAGAGGGGUUACCUUGAACACAAACCACACGUACUAUUCUGUAUGUAAAAUGAAAACAAAAGGCAGCAAACCCCCAAAAUUUUAAAAUAUUUAUGAGCACCUUUUUUGAAAUAAAAUAAUUCAUAAGUUGAAGGGGUGGAGAGGGAGCUAAAAAUUGGAUUUCAUUUUUUGCCCAGUGAAAUUGAAAUAGUUGUUAUAUGAAGUUCUACAUUUUCCUGUGAAAUUGAAAUAGUUGUUAUAUGAAGUUCUUCAUUUUCCUAGAUUGUCAAGAAGUGGGAGAAAAAUAAAUACAUAACCAUAAAAAGACAAGAAUAACUUCCAUCAUAAUGGAUGGAUUUCAAAGAUAGUCCUAGGUGAUGGGUUAAUCUUCCAUCCUUUGUCAGUUAAGACACUACUUAAGUUAUGAAUAUUUUAAUACACAUUUAAUCAAAAGUAAAGAAGUAGUGGUCACUAGAAACCACAGGUGCAUAAAAAGCAUUUGGGCAAGUAUUUAAUUUACGCAGAUAUCCAUGAGACAACAUAUUUUAUGAUACAUGCCUUAGUAUGCCACCUAAUUCUGUCAUCCAUAGGUCUCAAUGGCACUUAAAUACUUGGUGAUCAACUGAGAAAAAGAAGUCUAAAAUUGCAAGACUAGCAAAAAGGAAAGGGAAAAUGUUGAGUAAUACUGUUUAAAAACAAAUGUGGUUUCCACUGAAAUAAGGUUCAAAUGAAACAUGCUUUGAUGAAAAGUCCUUGGAUUGGUUUUGGUUCUUUAAUUCAGCACAGAGCGCCUCUUGACUGUGGCAGGAUGUGGGUAUUUGGGAAAGGGGUUGGACAAAAAAAGGAAAAAAAGAAAAGAUUUAAAAAUUGCAUCGAAUGUGUAAUAUUUAAGAAGAAAUAUAUAUAUAUAUAUGUAUAUGGUAGUGACUCACUGAACAAAACAAGCAGUCAGACCAACAUUACAUGAUCUCUCAGCAGAAGACAAAGGUCUUUCACUGAACUUAUUAACCCUUUUAAAAAUGUACCUAAGAGUUAUUUAAAGUCUAUUUUUAUUCCACUUUUUUGUUUGUUUGGGGUUGGAGGUUUUUUUUGUUUUGUUUUGUUUGGGGGUUUUCAGGUAGAAUAAUAAAUCUGGCAGCUGAUUUCUGCAA